AUGCUGUCGGCGGUCGAGAGCUUGGGACCGUCGGUGCCGGGCCGGGUGGCCUACUCGCGGCACCAUCACCAGCACCUACAUCGCCAUCAGUAUAUCCAUGCUCACCCAUACCAGCAUCAGCAGCAGCAGCAGCAACAGCAACAGCAACAAGGGGUUCACCAUCAACACCCGCCACAUCCGAUGCUGCCGCCGGGGAUGGGCCUAGGUCAGAUGCCUUUGCCCGGAGCUGUCGUGCUGUCCCCGCUGCUAGGCGCGCCCACCAUGGCCCACACUAUGACGCCGAUAGCGAACGAAUUCGCGCGUCCCUUCCCAAAGGAACGAUAUGAAGAAAACCGAGGCUUCGGAAUACCGACGUCGUUGAGUGCCGAGCGUCGCUUGAAGUACGGCGAUUCGCCGCCUACCGGCCCUGGUCCGCAUCAUUCGCCGCGUCCACCGUCGGCCACCCCGUCACCACCGCAGACCGGUCCGGUCAAUUUGGCCGUCGGUAGCAAUGGCCGAUCGUCCCGUUCACCCGUGGACGACAUCGACGGCGCAGGCGGUGGAAGGGCCGGCUACCCAGAGCAACUGCCGCGGGGACAGACUAGUCCCAUCCAGGACGUGCUGGGCUCGCAGAUCUCACCCGGAAGUCUGCACGUGCAGAGUCGCGCACUCCACGAACAGCAGCAGCAACAGCAAAAGGCGGCACACAAUCUACAGCACUAUCAGCAGCGGUUAAACGAAUUCGAAGCUCAAUACAAAGCACAGCAGCAAGCUCAGCAGCAAGCUCAGCAGCAAGCUCAGCAGCAAGCUCAGCUGCAAGCUCAGCAGCACCAGAGUGUAUCGCCUACGCAGAGCAACGCGCAGAGUCGCGCACUCCACGAACAGCAGCAGCAAGCGCAAAAGGAGGCACACCGUCUACAGCAGUAUCAGCAGCGGUUAAACGAAUUCGAAGCUCAAUAUAAAGCACAGCAGCAAGCUCAGCAGCAAGCUCAGCAGCAAGCCCAGCAGCAAGCCCAGCAGCAAGCUCAGCAGCACCAGAGUGUAUCGCCUACGCAGAGCAACGCGCAGAGUCGCGCACUCCACGAACAGCAGCAGCAAGCGCAAAAGGAGGCACACCGUCUACAGCAGUAUCAGCAGCGGUUAAACGAAUUCGAAGCCCAAUACAAAGCACAGCAGCAAGCCCAGCGGCGCCAGAAUGUAUCGCCUCCGCAGAGUAAGGUCCCCGCCUGCAUCGACGUCUGCAAGCGCUACACAUUUCCCACUCCUCGGAUGUCCUUCUUCCCAUCGGCUCUCGAUGUGCUCGGUACUGUCGGUGGUUAUCCAACGCCCAACUACGAUAUUUAUCCAUACAGUCGGCAACAGCAGCAGCAGCAGCAAGUGGUGGCGACUUCGCACGCGGGCAAUCUUUCCCCGAAUGACGGUGUAGGUGGAGGUAUGCUCUUGCCACCACCGAAACCAACCGCGACCAAAGCUGCCCCAGUUAUGACGCUGCCAUCGCCGCCCGGUGCCGGGCCGCUCAACUCUACCCAGCAGCCCACAGUGCCACCGAUGCCGAACACGGUCGAGGCACUUAUGGCGUACGCGGGGCUGACGGCCAAUGGAGCCUUGGCUCACCACUACCCUCAGCAAGCAGCGCAUCGGUUUCCGGGUGGCCUCCCGGACGGGAUGGCACGGGAUGGUACAGUCAUCGACGGUGACCCCCCGCCACCACCGGAACCACACCCACUCGGGGAGCUGGCGCGCAUAAUGGGUGAAAGGCAACAGCAAACCGCCCCGAAGCCGAACGAAACAAGCACCGAGACGUUAGCGAUGGAGCGCAACAAGCGCACUGGCUCCACCUCGGCACCCCGUCGUGGCCGGCUGGGACAUGUGGAUCAUUUCCAUAGGCAAGCGCAGUCCGCCCUUGAUAUGGCGUGUACCGAGCUUGGUGGUAUGGUGGCGACGACGGCGGCCUAUCAUGACCAUGUGCUUCGCACCGGACGUUCACCGGAAAUCGAAACAGGAUCAUUCAGCGUGCCAACAAACCUUUCCGUGAACACCGGAGCGGCAGCUGGGAGUGAUGCUGGGGAACGCAAGAGAGGCCAGAUGUCACCGGCUGCCGCCGGGUACGAGUAUGUCCAGCAGCAACUGCAGAAGCAGCAGCAACUGCGGCAGCAGCAACAGCAGCAGCAGCAGCAGCAACAGCAGCAGCAGCAGCAGCAACAGCAACAGCUGCAGCAGCAGCAACAAGAGUUUAAAGUUCCUUGCGGUAAGGAGGGCCCGAUGAAACAUCGCGCCUUCGCCACUCGCACCUCACCCGGCGAGCCGUCGCGCACGGCACCAAACGGGUCCGCUGGCUUGGUUAGCGCUUCCCAGCCGCAUUAUAUCGAUCCGCCGUUCACCUUCGGGAAUGAUGGAGGCCCUUGUCUCACACUGCAGCUAGCCGAUCCCAUACCGGUGGAAGAUCCGGAAAGGAACAGCUCGUUCAUCGGCGGUGCGAUGGUCGAGUUCGACAAUGGCGAUCGGAAGCGCAUCGAGGACAUUCGUGCAGAGGAUUUGAUCAGCACGGCUGAACGCUCGUCCGAUCUGCGAAUGACCGAAGCGGUCACUUGUGCCAUUACACCCCGAUUCGUCCCGGAUGGACCCGAUCAUAUCAUCGGGCCGAAUCUGGCGCUGUUGCUGGUAUCGUUCACCUACGACAACGAGCAACUACAGAGCGAAAUCGAGACGUCCAUCGAGUAUCCGUUUUUCGUCACGAACAAGGGCUGGGCGUCGUUCGAUCCGGAGCGAACGUACCGCAUGUACAACCUACGCUGCACCCAGCUGCAGGUUGGCGACGUCUUUUUGGCAUUAUUGCCACGCCACACGCCGCCGCCUCCACCAAUGGUGUGCUACGACGUGCCGCCGGAUGCCGGAGCGGAAAACGGCACAGCCGACAGCGAUACGGAGCUCGAUCCGGGUGGCUCCGAGUAUCCGACACCGAGCGAGCUCGCCAACGCCGCCAGCCACCAGCACCAGCUGCGUUCGCCCGAACCCCAACCACCGAUCGUCGCGCGGCAGCAACAGGAGCAGAAGAAGCCCCGCAAAUCUCGUCCAUCGAAGCAGAAGCAACCGGCGGGACUGCCGAUACCACGAACACUUCCGCCGCUGCCGAAACCGGCACACCCGUACCCGCACGCAACGGGCAGACGGCAGCAGAAGCCGGAAGCGUUCAUCACCAUCGAGGAUGAUGAGCCCCCGACGCACGUGGUUACCAGAAACGGGGGUAACUGGCUGCGGAUUACACCCUCCUCCCCAAGGCUCGUCCCAAUAGUCGAUGCUAAUAACUGGGAAUCGGCCGGAAAGCGUCGCCAGGAGCAUCAGCUGCGGCGUCCCAUCGCCAAGCGCAAACCAACAUCAACCGCGGUCGGCCAUCAGCAGCAGCCGCAGCCAAAGCAACCGGCUUUCCUAGAUGCAGCAGGGCGUGAGCCGCGUACACUCAACAUCUAUCAGAGUCCGCCAACCAAAUCGUGCCCAAGUCAGCAGCAGCAGCCACAUUUUUCCACCCAUGCCACCACCUCCAACGGUCAUCUCGGCCAAAUAGCCCACACCAAUGGCGGCACGUACAGCGAUUCCGAGUAGGUGGUUCGGCCUUGAUGCAGGAUCUUUUAAGGCCUUAGCACAAAAACAAAACAAAUGAAAACCCAAACCGAAACAAAAUAGCCAGUAGAAUGCAUGUAGAAAAGACAUAAGCCUUGCACGUUACUCACGGAAAGUGAAGUUAAAGCCAUCGAAGCGAAAAAGAGGCAUGUUAAUAUAAGCGGAAAUAUCCUAAGAACAGAAAACGAAUACAAUACAUAACAAAAUACUGUUCAAACCCGUUUAUCCAGUUCCAAAUUGAAAUUGAAAUUGUCUGUCCCGGAAAAAAGAUAAAUUCACGAUUAAAUAAUCACUUUGCUCAAUAAAUGAUAAAUUAAAGUUCACUCCUCGCACACAGAGGAGUUGAAAUAUUGGUUGCAACACAAGCAAGGAUAAACCGGUUUGUACCGUAUAUGAUCAGCAAGCGCCAUUAAAUCACCCAAGAUUUCGAAAAAAACCUGUUCCGCGAAGAAGAACUUUAUAUGAAUUAAGACGGACGUGGAAAGGGUACAACCAUCGUCACUUUUCUUGGCGAAGCGGCAAACAUAUGAGAAUGAUGAUAAGAUGUUUCAAUAUACCAUACAAUGUGAUGUCUAACACAGCUACCACGCAACAGGAAAUGCUUCAAAGUGCCGAUGUGUAGAUGUUUAAAUGUCAGAUGGAAAGGACGACCCUAUUCAAAGUGCAAAUUCUUGUCCACUUGGGUCCGCGCUAGCCGAGCGGUAGCGCCGGUUAGAAAAUCGGCCCAUGAGCGCCGGGGCUCACCACCUCGACGGCGUGGGUUCGAAUCCCAACCGAGACCGGACCUUCCCCUGUACGAGAGGACUGACUAUCCACGUACAACAGGGAAACAAGUCUCGUAAGCCCUUAACGCGGGGGCAGGCAUGACCAAGAGGUCGUUACGCCAAGAAGAAGAAGAAGAAGAAGAAGAAGAAGAUUCUUGUCCACUUUAGCCCUAAACACUUUAGGUAAAAAUUGUCUGCGAGAGAUAUUUGCAAGUUAAAAUUUAUUGCACUUAAAAAGGCCAUAAACAAACGGAACAACUGUACCAGGAAUCAAAUUCUUUGUAGAAAAUUUAAAACUAUCUAUCGAAUCGAUCGCUAAAGAAUCAGGUUCGUGAGCCUCUGAAUCUCGAUUAGGUUGUUUGCAAAAUUAGCUGUGGUGUGAGAUGCAUGUUGCUGCACGUGCUGUGCUGUGAUAACGCUUACUAGAUUGGAUGUCUGCAUCUAUGUAUUUGAACGGUACAAAUCCCUAGCCCAAAAACAGCUUCCAUGAUAGGGGAUGGUCCUUGAAAGAGCGGUGUAGCGACACAAACUAAAGCUGUGUAGAAUUUAAAGCAAAGAAGUAUGCACAAACGAGCUGCAAUUUUAAAAAUAACUUUGUGGGGACUUUCUCCAAAGGCGGCUCAAAACAUACAAAUGGUUCAACCCGCUUCUUUCAGCUGUGGUUGGAUGAUAUUCUGAAAAAAUGUCUUGUCUUAACAGAUAGAUUAGAAUUUUUUUUAAAGUUCUCUUCCUUUGUCUCUCUGUAUCUAAGGAUAAUGCGGAGUUAAUCUCGAAUUUAUUUCCUUAUUAUCUUUCGUUUUCUUUUCUCAGUUUCGCUCGAAUUUGAUUGCAAAGCUCCGUUAAAAAUUGAAAUCUUUUUAUAUAAGGCUGUCUAGUUGCAAAAAACGCACAAAAAAUAUUUAUAUAUAAGAUAUCUUGUAUUUUUUUUUAUUUCGCUCUACUUUUCAAACACAUACCUAAAUAAGGAAGAAACCAAUUUAAAAGUUUAUCCAUAGCAACCGUGGUAAAACAGUUACAUAGACUAUUUAGCUUAGCGUUUAUGAACUGCUCUACGAACUUAGCGAUAACCGAUAACAUGGAACCGAACUGAACUUAGAUAAGAUGCGUCUUCAAGAUGGGUUGGGAACGGACUCUCUGCAGACCACCAUCUACAUCUCCUACCAUCCAAUUAUCCUAGUUUUGCAAAUUUGCUUAUUAUCAACGUACAAUGGACUACAUGCCAAACACAUAUUAGAGGAGAAGGAAUAUGUUAGCGUUAAGGAAAGGAAGACGCUGGAAAAAGCACACACACACACACAUUGCUGAACGAGGAACCAUAUUUAGCGUUAUAGGUGCGCACAUUUCUUUUUCGAAUACAAAACAACUUAAAAAUAUAGAAUAGAUAUCAAGAUAGGUUAGCAUGUCGCGCGAUGGUGUUAGCAGCCAAAGUCCAGCCGACACUAAGUGCUAUGCAAGACACUGAAUUCAAAGGUUAAAUAAAUAAUGUUUCCUGAAAUAAAAGGAAAGCGCAAAAUAUGCACUUUUUGUAGAGGCACAAACAAUUGCGAUGUACCCGGAUAUGCAACGAACCCCUUUUCGAGGUGUUAGAUUUGGAGAAACAUAAAAGGGAUAAGCGCAAGUAACUUCAACUGCACUCGACAGCAUCAGGGACUAAACUAAAGAUAGGUAGAGAUGAGCGGGGGUUUUAUAAGAAUAUUUUUUAUGUUUUAUUUCCUUGCGGCAACCGAAAUCCGGUGAGAGAGCUACUACCUUCUUGGUGCAGAGGAAAGUAAACUAAAAAAGAAACAAUUACUGCAGGUCCAAAGCCUACCGCCACCACCACCACAGCCUGCCAAAGGAAUUAUCAUACUUCACAGCGAAAAUAAAAAAACUUGAUAGAGAGUAUACAGUAUAGUUUAUAUAAAAAAGACGAAGGUUUCCGUCAGUGCCGAGAGCUAACACUCGUAUAUAUAUAUUAUAUAUAUAUAUGAUAUAUACGUAUAGCUGUUUAAACAUUACGAAAAUGAUAUAUGAUGAACUAUAAACUACUUAUAAAGAAUAAAAAGAAAAAUAUUUUUGGUAGAAAAGGGGUUGCUCCAAGUGGGCAAGCCCCAAGCGUCCAUCAUACACAUUGCCAAUGUGUGUGAAAAAUUGGAUUUUGGAGCGAAAAUUUUAAAAAAUACAACGAGAACGAACGAUAGAGAGAGGCCGUCAAGUAACGUUGAUUGGAUUCGGUCGUGAACCUCUGGAUUGAUACUUUACCUGAGCUUAAGCAGCAGCCACAUGUUGCCGCCUACACAGUGUUUGGCGUCGGUCAGACAAAACACCGUCGGCCUAUCUCCGCCGAAUCCAUCGAAUGCUCGACCAACUGGGAGUCGAACGGUCUCGACAUGUACUAGUUGCUGUGCAAUGUGACGCAAGCGAAAAGAAUUUAUAUGAACGACACAUAUUCAAUGUCAUAUAAAAAAAACGACAAAAUAAAGCACAAAACAC